UAUAAGCGCUGGUCCUUUGGAUGGAAUUUUUGUCUCGCAGCUCCCCUUUGGAAUGGAGCUUUGUUAGCAUGGAAAAGCCUCUCAGCUGGCACAAAGGAUGGAGCUGGCUCCGUAGCAAAGCCCUCUGGGGCAGGGAUGUGCCAGGACAAGGAGGAGGCACAAGAGCCAGGGCAGCUGAGCAUCCAGCAAAGCUUUUCACCCACCUACCUCGGAGCUGGGAUCAACCAGGCCAAAAUCCUGCUGAGGGCAGGGGGGGAGGCCAGUUUUGCCUUCAACAUCCUGAGCAUCGCAGGCGCCUCAGUGCAGUUUUCUGCUGCCGUUGCAUCUUUGCUCCUUGGCCCAUCCUGCUACUGCUGGCUGGCUGGGAUCACUGGGAGCAGCUACCUGGGUUAAGUUCUGUUCCCCUUCCCCUGUGCCGACUUCCCAAACCUCUGCAAAGACCCACUGAGGGAUGAGUGA